AUGUUUGCAAAAGCUUCGAUAGCACUUCUCGCUCUGCUGCCAGCUAUAUCGGGCGCAGUGAUCAAACACAACGAUACGGCAUUGAAUGCUCGAGCCGAAUUGGUCGUACAACCAGUAUGUGAAGGUGGGAAUUUAGAUUCUCAUGAUUGUAACGUUGCUUUAUUGUCACUUGGCGGUGGUAUUCAAGGUGCUAUUCAGUUUUUACGAGUGGACGAUAUAACUAAUACGGCUUCAAGUGGUUCUUGUACCAUGACUGUGACAGCCGUAGAUGGAGGAACAGCUAUCGAUAUCAGCAAGGGUCGAUUGGAGCAAGCUCAAAAAGCAGCGAUUGCGCAAUGUGGUCGUCAAGCAUGGUCGGUCACAGCGUUGGGAGGUGCAACAGGAGGUAAUCUGAAGAUUGUCCAGUCAUCGUCUUCUUCCAUCUCUUCUGUUGCAAAUGAUGUUGUAGAUGAGCCUUCCCUUUCAGAUACAUGUACGUGUUCGACGUAG